AAAUCAACUUUGUCUACACGAACAGUUCCUCCGCGUGUCCUUUCCAGUCGAGCCUGAAGUCGGGUUGAUGUAGCCGUUAGCAGAGGUGAUCUCGUACGGUACAUGUACCGAGUGCGAGUUCGUGUCGUCGAGUCGAGUGACAGUCAACUCAGUCUCCCAGCCAGAGUAACCAAAUUGACCGUUGCCAGAGAGGAGGCACGACACCUUGCUGUUGAUACAUGUACCGGUGUAGAACCUGCCUAUUUCUGUUCUUGGACGUACCGGUACAUACAGCAGUAGUUUACCACCGGGCACAUUGAUUUUACGAAAGUCAAGGCCAGUGUCAGAACGUUCCGCAUGUGAGCGCUGCUAAAGCAGGCUUCAUUGUGACCUUUGGUUGCUUCAGGUCGCGGCUUUACCUGAUGGUUGGCCCCCCUCUUGUCGUGGAAUGCACCUACAGUAGUCAGUGCGAGUAGCUAGGGGCAAACUCUUGGCCCAGCCCAUAGGUGGCAAAGAUUGUUACCACCGAACCCCAGCCAUGAGAACAAAGUUGAGCCUUUCAGAACCCAGCCCGUCCACUUGCAAACAACUCACCCAAAUCUUGCUUGGCGGGCAGGCUUAGCUACGUCUCAAUACAAUGGGGCAAAGUCGAGUGGCAGUCAGUCUGGCAUGAUGAUCAGAGGGCUUUGUUUCGUGCGCCCUUUGGUAAUCAGAUUCGAUUCUUGGACUUGUAAGAGUGUCUUUCUCUGUACCAGUUCUGGUACCGGUAUGAGUACGUGUACCGAUCUGUUCCAUGCCAACAAACGCGAUCAAGGUCUUUGUGCCCGAGCUCCAUUGCAACAAGAAGUCAAGUCGCGCCGUGCUUGUUUUCCACGAUGCAUCCCACUCUGUGGAAACCACGGUCUGAAGAAUUGAUAGCGAAACAAACUGGAAGAGACUUUAGAAGAGCGGACCAUGGCCACUUCCACCGCUGGAACCAACACCGAUCAGUCUUCUCCUUCUUCUCUUUCACAGAAUCCAAAGUCAGUGUUUUGGCGGAUCAAAAGCGCCCAGAGCAGGACCUUUGAACGAUACUGUCCGACCAAUGACAAAACUUGCCGCCGCAAAAUGUCAAUCAUAAAGGCCGCCAAGCAAAAAAAAGACGACAGCAAAGACAUGAUUACUCGGCAAGAAGAGGAUGGCCAAUGGUUGGUUUACUUUGAUUGUUUGAAGAAAUGGCUUCUUUCAUCCAAAAAAGAGCGCAACAAGAACAACAACAAGGAGUUGGAUCCCUUGUCGGCAUUGGUGCUUGCUUCUAGUAACGACACCACAGCCAAGGAAUUGUACGAGUGGCUGAUUGUUCAGUUGCAAGCAGCCCAAAAUGGGGUCUUGUGUGUCUUUUGCGUGAAGUACUUGGUCGAAAUUGGAGUGGGGUGGAACGAGAUUGAGUCCGUGUGGGUGGCUAACUAUCAGCGGCUCCAGAGCAAUCAUCGCAUUCUCAAAGAUGGGAGCGGCAACACCAAUGCGAUCAUGGAGAAGAACAAACUAGACGAAUCUCCUGCGUUCCAAAAUUGGAUCAUGGUUCAGAAAGUGCUCAGUGACAAGGGGAUCUUGUUGCCAGGACGAAAAGGAAAACUAGUGGCGUUGGCAGUGAAUGUCAUACGAAAUAAUGGUCACAGUACCAACACGACCAAACCUGCUCCUAGAUCCGACAGUCCUGUGGUCUAUAACAGCAGCAGCAACAACAGCAAGGUCGGCAAUAGCAGCAAUGCGACGACUGACCAACAGGGGACCAAUGACAAAGUUUGUGCCAAAUUGAAGAGACUUGCCAGGGGAUCGCUGCCUCCCAAGAAACGCAAAUUUUUUGCUCUGGUUUCCUCCGAGGUGGAAGAGGAGGGGAAAACGCCCAAAGCCAUACAUCAUCACAAGAGAAGCAAGAGUCCGAAUGACGUGAUGGACUUUGGCAAUGCUUCCACUAUUACUACCAGUACUUCUGCGGAUGGCCCCGUUGGUCCCGCGAGCACCGAGUCGUCCACCAACCAGCAGUGCUGGCAGCCCCCAGUCAUAUUCCACAAGCAAACUCUUGCGCCUGCCUUGGAGGAAUUCCACAAGGACCUGCCGCCAAACGAUGUCACGACACCAAUGAUGCGAGGACGAAGCGGUGAUUCGGUCCCGGAACGGAGCAUUGAGACCGCGAACAAGAAGGUUCCGUUGACACAAGACGUUUGGGAUGAAGGUAUACAGGCGGCCCAUGACUUUGUGAAUUGGUAUCUCUGAGGAAACAUCAAAUGUUUCGUCCACUAAUAGAAGGUCUAUAGAGGAAGAGAGGACGGAAACCGUAGCUAGAAUGCAGGCGCCUAGACCAAGGCGUGUUCCGUGACAAAAGCACGAAAGUUGACCCAAUCUCGUUUACACUUGCACGCCACAGCUUCACAACCGUGACGACUUCUAGAGCCACCAUGGGACAUUCGUUGUUGUAUAAGUUGCAACUGGCAAGCUACUCUCUACCGUACCGGUAUAGAUAGCUUCAUGUUCCGUCGUUUUCUUCUCCCUGCCAAAGACGAGGCAGAUUUCAAGAUCCU